UCUCCUUCCUUUCUCAAUCUUUUGAUCACAUCUUCUUCCUCCAAUUUUCUUUCUCUCUUUCUCAGCUCGAAGAAAAGUCUUAUUCUCUUCGUUUUCACCCGUCAGAAACGGUUUCAAUCUUCAAAAUUAGUUCCCCAAUAGAUAGAUUUUAUACAUCUUUACAUAUUUGAUUUGUUUCUUCAACCGAUUCCAGUAUUCCACUCUCAAGUCCAAUCUUUUCCUAUGAUUACCAUCCAUUGUUUUGCAAACUCCACCAUGAAAUCCUCCUCUAGAAUCCUACUAUUUCGCCGAAACUCGCCGUUUUCUGGAUGCCCACUUCCAAAAUCCCACCAUUUCUUGGCCAGUAAUCUAUCCAAUUUUCGCAUUAAUUCUGAUCAUACUUGUAAAUUUCGUUCAUGCCCUUUACAGAACUUGGGGUUUCGUCGCGUUAUUGAUCAUACCCAGAAGUUUUCUCGGGUACCCAGUCCGGGGUUUGGCCAAUCUAGGGUUUUUUCCAGCGGUAAUGUUAGGCGUCUAUCUGUGAUUUCUAGUGUUUCUUCCGAUGUUAGGAGUUUUUCGACGUCGGUUGAGACCCGUGUGAAUGACAAGAACUUUGAGAAGAUUUAUGUUCAGGGUGGUAUGAAUGUGAAGCCAUUGGUGGUGGAAAGAAUUGAUAUAGAUGAAACAAUAGAAAAUAAUGAAGAAUCUAGGAUAGAAGUUGAUGGAAAUUUUUUGAAUGGGGAGAAUGUGAAGGGUGUGGAUGAGAAUGAGGUUUUGAUUACAAAGAGAGAGGAGUCUGAGGCUGAGAAAGAGGCUUGGAAGUUGUUGCAAGAUGCAGUUGUGAUGUAUUGCGGUAGCCCAAUUGGGACUAUGGCCGCAAAUGAUCCCGGUGACAAGACGCCGCUCAAUUAUGAUCAAGUGUUUAUUCGGGACUUCGUACCAUCGGCACUUGCUUUCUUGCUUAAGGGAGAGGGGGAGAUUGUGAGGAACUUCCUCCUUCAUACCUUGCAAUUGCAGAGUUGGGAGAAAACAGUGGACUGCUACAGCCCAGGGCAGGGGCUGAUGCCAGCAAGUUUUAAAGUUAGGACAGUGCCUCUUGAUGGCAAUAAUGAGGCUCAUGAAGAAGUUUUAGAUCCAGAUUUUGGCGAGUCAGCUAUUGGUCGUGUUGCACCUGUGGAUUCCGGGUUGUGGUGGAUUAUCUUAUUAAGGGCUUAUGGAAAGAUCACUGGUGACUAUACAUUACAAGAAAGGGUGGACGUCCAGACGGGCAUAAAACUGAUUCUAAACUUGUGUUUGACUGAUGGAUUUGAUAUGUUUCCUUCUCUGCUUGUAACUGAUGGCUCCUGUAUGAUAGAUCGGCGGAUGGGUAUUCAUGGUCACCCCCUUGAGAUCCAGGCCUUAUUCUACUCAGCUCUUCGCUGCUCCCGUGAGAUGCUCACUCAGAAUGAUGCAUCAAUAAAUUUAGUGAGGGCCAUAAAUAACAGGCUCAGUGCAUUGUCAUUCCACAUCAGGGAAUACUAUUGGGUGGAUAUGAAAAAGAUUAAUGAGAUAUACCGAUAUAAGACAGAGGAAUACUCCACUGAUGCCACCAACAAGUUCAAUAUCUACCCUGAUCAGAUUCCCAGUUGGCUAAUGGAUUGGGUCCCAGAGGAAGGCGGGUAUCUGAUAGGAAAUCUACAGCCAGCUCACAUGGACUUCAGGUUCUUCACACUUGGAAAUCUUUGGUCAAUUAUUUCAUCCUUGGGGACUCCAAAACAGAAUCAGGGUAUUCUUGAUACCAUUCAAGCUAAAUGGGAUGAUCUUGUGGGGCAUAUGCCUCUUAAAAUAUGUUACCCUGCUUUGGAGUAUGAGGAGUGGCGUAUAAUCACUGGCAGUGACCCAAAGAAUACCCCCUGGUCAUAUCAUAAUGGUGGAUCUUGGCCAACGCUUUUAUGGCAGUUCACAUUGGCUUGCAUUAAGAUGGGCAGACCAGAACUAGCCAGGAAGGCGGUUGCUGAUGCAGAGAAGAGGCUCGCAGUUGAUCGUUGGCCAGAAUAUUAUGAUACCCGGAACGGAAGAUUCAUUGGAAAGCAAUCCAGGCUCUUUCAAACAUGGACAAUUGCUGGGUACCUGACUUCUAAGAUGCUCUUGGAGAACCCAGAGAUGGCAGCCUUGCUAUUCUGGGAGGAGGACUAUGAUCUUCUUGAGAUAUGUGUCUGUGGCCUCAGCAAAACUGGCCGGAGAAAAUGCUCACGAUUCGCCGCCAGGUCACAGAUUCUUGUGUAGUAAGAAUCCAUUCUCUUCAAGGCUGAAUUUGAAUGCCUUUUAGAACUGUACAGUUCCAAGGUUAGAACACAGAGUCGAGAAACAUAGUUCUGAACCCUUAAAAUUUACAUGAAAGAGUUCAGUAGUUCACUAACUCCUGCUGCAGAAAUAAUAUACAUUUUCGUCCGAUCAACCAGACAAGUUGAUCAGCAUCGGAAUACUAGUCUAUGGGGAGCCUUAGAACUAGAAAAAUGGUUCCAUUGAUGGCUGUCUGUAUGUAUAUUAUGUAACAUUCAUUACAUGUUUACACUGAUAAUCUCAUUUCUCAAAGCAUUGAUAAGAAAUGGUUUUUCUGUA